AUGACUAUGUGGCUUGCUUGUCAUGGUAGAUUGGCUACGAGACAACGUCUCUUUCGGUUUGGGAUGGUUUCUGAUAACAGGUGUUGUCUUUGUAAGAGUGAUGAGGAGUCUAUUAACCAUCUACUUUUUGUUUGUCCUGAUACAGUUUGUAUUUGGGCCAAAAUUCUUGCUUGGAUUCAGGUUAGUCAUACUCCGCAAUCUUGGGAUGCAGAAAUUUUAUGGUUGAGCAAGAAUACUAAUGGUAAAGGGUGGAGAGCAUCCAUCCUGAAGUUAGCUGCUGCAGAGACUAUUUAUAGCGUAUGGAAAUAUCGUAACGAUAUUUGUUUUGGUAAUGCAGUUGAUAAGGCUAAAAUCGUGGAUAAUAUUAUAGAUAUAAUUGUGUAUAGGGGUUGGUAUAGCAAAAAUCUUAGGCCACAUAUAGCAAAGUUGAUGGCUUUUUAG